AUGGAGGCAAAGAGCUUCAGUGUUUGGGAUUAUGUUGUAUUUUCAGCCCUCUUUGUYGUUUCCUGUGGAAUUGGAAUAUUCUUUGCCAUUAAGGAGAGAAAAAAGGCAACAUCUCGGGAGUUCCUGGUAGGGGGAAGGCAAAUGAGCUUUGGCCCUGUAGCCUUAUCUCUGACGGCCAGUUUCAUGUCAGCUGUCACUGUCUUGGGGACACCUUCCGAGGUCUACCGCUUUGGGGCAUCCUUCAUUCUUUUCUUUAUCUCAUAUACAUUUGUCAUCAUUUUUACAUCAGAGCUCUUUCUCCCUGUGUUCUACAGAUCUGGCAUCACUAGCACUUACGAGUAUCUACAACUACGAUUCAACAAAGUGGUUCGCUAUGCAGCAACUGUCAUCUACAUUGUGCAGACGAUUCUCUACACAGGUGUGGUGGUGUAUGCUCCCGCCCUGGCACUCAAUCAAGUGACUGGGUUUGAUCUCUGGGGCUCUGUGUUUGCAACAGGAAUUGUUUGCACAUUCUACUGUACCCUGGGAGGAUURAAAGCAGUGGUGUGGACAGAUGCGUUUCAGAUGAUUGUCAUGAUUGUGGGCUUCUUAACAGUUCUCAUUCAAGGAUCGGCUCACAAUGGUGGAUUACAAAAUGUAUUAGAGCAAGCAAGCAAUGGAUCCCGACUUCAUAUAGUUGAUUUUGAUGUAGAUCCCCUCCGGCGGCACACUUUGUGGACAAUAUCAGUGGGAGGAACUUUUACAUGGCUCGGAAUCUAUGGAGUUAAUCAAUCAACCAUCCAGCGAUGCAUCUCUUGCAAAACAGAGAAGCAUGCUAAGCUUGCCUUGUACUUUAACUUGUUGGGUCUCUGGAUCAUUCUGGUAUGUGCUGUCUUCUCUGGAUUGAUCAUGUACUCCCACUUCAAAGACUGUGAUCCUUGGACUUCUGGUAUGAUAUCAGCACCAGACCAGCUGAUGCCUUAUUUUGUCAUGGAGCUCUUUGCCACAAUGCCAGGACUUCCAGGACUUUUUGUGGCUUGUGCCUUUAGUGGAACAUUGAGUACCGUGGCUGCCAGCAUCAAUGCCCUAGCAACAGUGACCUUUGAGGAUUUUGUCAAGAGCUGUUUUCCCCAUCUCUCUGACAAGCUGAGCACCUGGAUCAGUAAAGGCUUAUGUCUCUUAUUUGGCAUCCUAUGCACCUCCAUGGCUGUGGCCGCAUCUCUCCUGGGGGGCGUUGUACAGGCUGCCCUCAGCAUCCAUGGCAUGUGUGGGGGACCAAUGCUGGGUUUAUUCUCUUUGGGACUUGUGUUCCCUUUUGUGAACUGGAAGGGUGCACUAGGAGGCCUCAUUACUGGAAUCACUUUAUCCUUUUGGGUGGCCAUUGGGGCCUUCAUUUACCCUGCACCAGAUUCUAAGACAUGGCCUUUGCCGCUAUCAACAGAGCAGUGUUUCCAAUCAAAUAUGACGACAGCAGCACCUCCAGAGCUAUCUAACAGGCCCACCAUUGCUGAUACCUGGUACUCGCUCUCCUACCUUUACUACAGUGCUGUGGGCUGCCUCGGAUGCAUUAUUGCUGGAGUAAUCAUCAGUUUCAUAACAGGUCACCRAAGAGGCAAGGAUGUUGACCCACUCUUAAUUAGACCAGUUUGUAAUUUAUUUUGCUUUUGGUCUAAGAAAUAUAAAACUCUGUGCUGGUGUGGAGUUCAGCAUGACCGUGGGACAGAGCAGGACAACYUUGAGAAUGGCGGUGCCUGGAAACAAGGGGCUGAAUCUGUCUUGCAGAAUGGACUCCAGCAAGAAAGCCUGACUCAUGUUCCAGGAUAUGACCCCAAGGACAAAAGCCACGACAAUAUGGCAUUAGAGAAGAUGACCUAUUUUUAG